UCUAGGGAGUUCUGCAUUCAAGCUAACAACUAGAGACUCAUCACGUGUAUGGAUUUGUUGAUGGUGCAGCUACUACUAUGUUCUUCACUCAACCAAAUUGAAACACUAUAUAACCUUAUCAAAUUGUUAGACUUUUCAACACUAAACUUGCAAUGAGCUCCACAAUUGAUGAGAAAAGUGUGGAUAAAGAAAGUAUUUCCGAUCUGCCAAAACAUUUUUUGCGCUCCGAAAAUGAGAGGCCGGAGUGUAGCCAAGCUAUCGAGGGAAUUCAAGUGCCCGUAAUCUCGUUAUCUCAACCAAAUAAAGAUGUAUUAGUUCAUGAACUUUCAAAAGCAUGCAAUGAAUGGGGAAUUUUUGCUCUUACUGAUCAUGGAAUCCCGCAAUCUCUCCUUGAGCAGCUUCGAUUUGUAGGCGAGGAGUUCUUUAAGCUGAGUGAAGAAGAGAAACAGAAGCAUGCAAGUAAUCCUUCCUCGGGAAAUUUCGAAGGCUAUGCGACCAAGAUGGUUAGGAAUUAUGGCGACAAGAUUGAAUGGGUAGAUUACUAUUUCCAUCUUAUGCAUCCUCCUUGCAAGGUUAACCAUCAAACUUGGCCGGAACACCCUCCUUCGUACAGGAACGUGACAGAAGAAUAUACUAAGGAAGUUUUGAGAGUGAAUUUCACAAUUCUUGAGUUGCUUUCUGAGGGGCUUGGUUUAGAGGAUAAAAGCAUUCUGAAGAGUAAGUUGGGAGGGGAUGAAAUAGAGUUAGAGAUGAAGAUAAAUAUGUAUCCACCCUGUCCACAACCUCAAUUGGUUUUAGGAGUUGAACCCCAUACUGAUAUGUCUGCUCUCACCAUUCUCGUCCCAAACGAUGUCCCUGGCCUCCAAGUCUGGAAGGAUGGCAACUGGAUUGCCGUAGGUUGCUUGCCAAAUGCUCUUUAUGUGCACAUUGGUGAUCAAAUUGAGGUGUUAAGCAACGGUAAAUGCAAGAGUGUCCUACACAGGAGCUUAGUGAACGAGGAACGUACGCGUAUGUCAUGGGCGGUAUUCUCAACACCACCACAGGAUGCGAUUAUUGGCCCUAUUGAGUCACUGGUGAACGAUGAGAACCCAUCCAAGUAUUCCAGCAAAACCUUUGCUGAGUAUCGUUACCGCAAGAUCAAUAGACUCCCACAAUAGUGGAGAGAGAUUUAAUGGAAUGAGCUGACAUAGAAGGUCAUGAUCCUAGUUAAAUCAUACCCAUAUGUGUAGUGGUCAUCACAAUGUAUUUCAAAGCAGGUUGAAAUCGUAGCAUCAUUGUACCUUUCUCUUGUGUGAAGUUCUGUUUCUAUGUUUUUCUUGUGUGCUAGUAGUAUUGUUCCUCCCCUGACUGUGCUGUUUACAGUUUUGAGGGUUUGAAUGAGGGUUUGGUGGGUUGUGUAAUAUUGUUACCUCUUGGUGUUUUUAAUGUUUUCUUUGAAUAUCUUGCAUUUUUAGAACACUGGAUGACAGGGAUUCAGGCAACAUAGCUAAGAUUUCAAGCAGUUAAAUCAUA